AUGGAGGGAGAUUCAGUCACUCUAAACACUGAUCUUAAUGAAAUAUGUGAAAACAAAGACAUAAUAUGGACAUCUGGAGCCAAACCGCUUCUGAUAGCUAAAAUCAACAGAGAGAUACAAAUCUUCUCCACAUCUGAUGGUCCUGAUGGGAGAUUCAAAGACAGACUGAAGCUGGACAAUCAAACUGGAUCUCUGACCAUCACAAACAUCACAACUGAACAUGCUGGACUCUAUCAACUACAGAUAAGUGGAGCAAAAUUGACAUCAAAAACAUUCAGUGUUUCUGUUUAUGAAACAUUUUGUGUGUUUGGUGAGUCAGUGUCAGUGACGGAGGGAGAUUCUGUCACUCUACACACUGAUCUUACUGAAAUACAUGAAGAUGAAGACAUACUGUGGAAAUUUGGAGUGGAAAUGUCUCUGAUAGCUGAAAUUAGGAGAGAUCUUGGAAUCUCCACAUCUGUUGGUCCUGAUGGGAGAUUCAGAGACAGACUGAAGCUGAACAAUCAAACUGGAUCUCUGACCAUCACAAACAUCACAACUGAACAUGCUGGAGAUUAUAAACUGGAGAUAAGUGGAGCUACACGGUCAUCAAAAACAUUCAGUGUUUCUGUCAAUGUCCAUCUGCCUGUUCCUGUCAUCAACAGUUACUCUUCAAACUGUUCAUCAUCAUCAUCAUCAUCAUCAUCAUCAUCAUCAUCAUCAUCACAGCAGAAUUGUUCAUUGUUGUGUUCAGUGGUGAAUGUGAGUCAUGUGACUCUCUCCUGGUACAAAGGAAACAGUUUAUUGUCCAGCAUCAGUGUGUCUGAUCUCAGCAUCAGUCUCUCUCUACCUCUGGAGGUGGAAUAUCAGGAUAAAAACACCUACAGCUGUGUGAUCAACAAUCCCAUCAGCAACCAGACCACACAUCUGAACAAUGGGUGA